AGCCAUUUUACUGUUCUUUUGAUACCUUUUGAUGCACAUGCAGAGCUUUUCAUGCAGAGCUUCUCAUGUAGAGCUUUGCUAGAUGGGUGCGGAAAGUUCGACACAUGCAACUGCUGAGAAGCGCACCGGGCCGCCCAGUGGGCCCAACGAGCGGGACACAGGCACCAAGUUCUGCUGCUGUCGAGGCGAGGAAGCGGACAAGGAGAUAUCUCAUGGUGCCAUCAUCCGUGAGGCUCUAGAAGAGACUGAAGUCCCCGGCGACUUCCUGUCCUUCAAGGACCCAACAGCUUAUAGCAGAUCAUUUAGCAGCUGCCAAUCGCUUUCGGAUUUGCUUGAGGAUGGAUUGCCCAUCAUGCAGGUUCCCAAUGGCAAGGGCAGUUGGCAUGAAGAAGGAGGCUCCUACAAAAGUUGCAAACUUCUGGCCAAAUCACUUGCUGAUGGUGAUGCAGUGCUUGUUUGGGGGUCUUGGCUGGUGAAGCUGGCACAGGGGCACCCUUCGUGUAAUGCGUCCGCGUCUGCUGCACGUUCAGUGUUGCCACGACGCCAGAAUUUGCCUGCAGAGGCUCUUUGCAGCAUCGAUGAGAUCCGAAAAGGGACUCCACUGCUGGCUGUGUCGUACUGCUGGGCCACUGCGACACAUCCGGACCCGGAGGCCUCCCAGCUGAAUCUACUUGGACAGCUACUAGACAGAUGGCUUUCUUGGCGCCAACGGAGGAGUGAUCCUCCAGUAAAUGGCCCAGGCGCCUGUCAGGACGCACAAAAUCAAGGCAUCUCAGAGAACUUGCCAAUGUCGUUGGCACCUCAAUCCGAGCUACACGGUGAGAUGAGGAGUGACGUGGCAGUCUUGGUGGAUUGGUGUAGCACAUAUCAAGAGCCACGUUUUGCUGCUGAGCGGCGAUCGUCAGAGCGGUUUUUGCAACAGGUGGGUCGCUGGUUUGCGCAUGAGCACACAACAGUGUGGCUGCUGACCAAGUCGCCACUCGGAGCAGAACCUUACAGCAUGCGCGGAUGGCCAACUUUUGAGCGUGCUGUGAGUCUUUUGCCCAUUGGGAGCAAGGAAGUUCUUGACAUAGGUCAGCUUCAGAACACUUCCCUGAAGAGUGACUGGCCAUCCAUUGCUGCUGAAUGCCAGGCCAAGCGCCUGCCGCCCUUGACGCCUGCCGAGCUUCGUGACGAGUUGCGACAAAAGCAUUUUUCCUGGAGCCAUGACCGUGAGUUGCUGGGAGUUCUGUAUCAAGAAGUCUAUGAGGAUGUGGUGGAGAGGGCCAUUGAGAUGCCAUUAUCACGCAUGAAGUGGGGCGAUCUGGAGAUGGGACAGCUUCAAGGCACCUUGGGAAGUUGUAGCCAGCUUCAACGUCUGGAUCUCACCCGUAAUCGCAUCGGCGACUCGGGCGCAGAGACGCUGGCCAACAUCCUCUUGCAGAGCCCUCGAGUGCUUCAGUCUCUGCACUUACUGGACCUUUCCGGGAAUGAGAUCGGCGAUCUUGGGCUUUGCAGCCUUGCUGCAGCACUGCCCAGUGUACGUUCCAUCAAAGCGCUAGCUUUUGACAGCAACUUCAUCGGAGAUCCGGGCGCCGAACGUUUGGCCAUGGCUUUACCCAACUGUUCAGGUUUGCAGGGGCUCAUCCUCCGAAGGAACGAGAUUGGUGACAACGGAGCUGGAGAAUUGGCUCGAGCUAUGCCACGCUGUUCAAAUCUCCAACUUCUAGACUUGAGUGAGAACGAGGUGAGUGACGUGGGUGCGGAGCGCUUCGCAGCAGCCCUGCCCAAAUGUGGUCAGCUACAAAGGUUUGACCUAGCACGAAAUCGUGUGGGUGAUCGUGGAGCUUUAAGCCUGGCAGCAGCUUUGCCGCGCUGCCAUUUGCAUGCCUUUGGACUCGGCGGCCAUGAAGUGGGCGAGAUCCUGGGAGGCAGUCGCAUCGGUGAUGGAGGUGCGGGCUUGCUGGCCUCUGCACUACUUCGCUGUGAAAGACUGUGCAAGUUAGACCUCAGCGAAAACCAGAUUGGUGACCGUGGUACUGCGCAGUUGGCUGCAGCUAUGCCACAUUGUGGCCAGCUGGCAGAGCUUGACUUGUACCGAAACCGCAUUGCAGACAAUGGCGUGGGACGGCUUGCGGAGGCUGUUCCGCAAUGUGGACAUUUGGAGUGGCUUAGAUUGUUAGAAAACUCCUAUGGCAUCAAAGGAGCAACGCGAAUGGUUGAAGCAUGGGAGGCAGCAGGAAAGGCCAAGGGGCGAUUACUUUGCCGUCCAUCGCCAUGCAAGAGCGGAGGUUAUGCAGGCUGGGCCAGUUGGGGCAGCCCUUCCAGGGUGGUACCUCGACAGGAAGGCGAUCCAAAGCCAAAGGUGCGGAUGUCGCUCUAGGGAAUAUUGUCGCGCCGCCAUGCCGGUUAGCUUUGAAGUUACAAGUUCUUCUUGAACUUGAAGCCGUGGAAUGGCAUGAAUGUACACUGAUCACUUAGCAUUCUUCAGCGAAGUCUUUGAAUCAGGAUAUUCAGAUUUAUACUGUACCUUUGAAUGCAGAAGGCAUCUCAGAGGCUUUUCCAGGACAGUUUGCCCUGCGUUAGUGACCGCUGAUCAUUUGGAGCUCAAGAAAACUGC